AUGGCAGCGGGCACAGUGGAGGGGGACGAGCACAUGGAUGAGCUGCUGGACCAGGGUCUGGGGAUGGAGGAGACAGGACACGACCUGCUGAGGAGGCCCUCGUUGAAGGAGAGCUACCACUGUGACUCCCUGCUGGCACCCGACACGGACUUUAUGACAGAUGAUCGUAGCUCCGCAGCGAGUGGUCUUGACAUUGCGGACAGACUGACGUACCUGGAGCACAGGAUGCAGAUGCAGGAGGAUGAGAUCCAGCUGCUGAAGCUCGCUCUGGCUGAUGUCCUGAAGAGACUCAACAUCUCUGAGGAGCACCAAGCGGCGGCUGCUGCUGCUUCUGCUACAGGAGGGAGGAGAGCAACAGGUGCUAAAGCGAGGCCUGUGUCUCUGGCUCUGCCCUCCAGAGCGCCCAUGGUGACCUCCAGCUCUGCCUCUCUGAAGAAGGGCUCCACGCUGCCCUCCAGCUCAUCAGCCAGGAACUACAGCCCCACACCACCUCGCUGUAGUGUGAAGAGCCCACCAGGUAGUGUGAAGGACAGUCCGUGUAAGACAUCCAGAUCACGACCCAGCUCUGCGGCUUCCACCAGCAAAAAAACUCAAGAAGGCAGCAGUAAGUCAAAGGAGGCUGCAGUCAAUGUAGGGUCAAGACGUGUGACGCACUGCAAAGUGACUAUGCAGAUUUAUCUGAGCCCCCUCGCAAGAAAGACUGGAUCUUCUGAGUCCGCCAAAUCCGCGGCCUCGGUGCCUGUCAGCAGUGGGAACUCAGCAGCACCUAACAACUCUCAGACUAAAGGGGGAAGCAAGUCAGAGGCAAGGAAAAGUACCCCAUCCUUCACCUUGAACCUGCAGAAAACAACAACCACCCAGAACACGAUGCAGGACAGAUCCAUCAACAAGAGUCCACUCAAGUCACCCAGCCAGUACUUUCAAAUUUGUUAUUAAAACCAAAACACGUGAAAAAGCCUCAGCUGAACAAUGGAAUGGGAUCUGCAAACAAAGACUUUCUUCAAUUGUUGAAAAAAAGAGAGAAAAUUGUGCAAAAUUAGGAUUGAGUACACUUCUUAAAGUGCAGAGGUGAGACUAUUGCCCUCUCCAGGACACCUUCAUGUGUUUUUCCUGUGCAGCAAAAGCAGCUUUUUUGAACAUGUCUUUUAACAGGAUCAUAAUUGUCAUUAGAAUAUUUAUACUAUCAUAAUGCGUUUGAAGCACUGACUGUACUGUAAAAAGAUGGACGACACGCGUCCACCUCUUCCCAUUGUACAAAAGUGGAGCCAAAAUACCCACUGUGACCAGAACUGAAAUGUGGCACUGCGUUGUACUGGUGAUGUCAUCUAUAACCAGAGUCUGCACAUCAGGCAACACCCUUUUUAUAGCCCCAACUAAUUAACUACACCUAUUCUCCCAGAAAAAUGAGCACUCCAGUAUAAAUCAGCCUGAUAAAAAUGAAUUACAUUUUUCUUUGAUGUGUGUAUUCACUUUAAAAUUAGAACCCCAUCUGUCAAGGAGGAGGCAGGCCAUGAGGUAGACCUGAAGCCAGUCAGUUGGGGGAGCUCCAAACUUUUGGCUUCAUUUUUGGGGGAAUGUCAGGCCAUCCGUCUGUUAUACAGUCUUAUUUUAAAGCUUAGAAUCAAAGCUUUAAAUGCUUUCUUAGCUUCCUCGGAAACCUCUGUUUUUGCCAUAGAUUUGUUUCUCUCAUGCUAGAUCCUGUGUUUUCUUUUCUUUGAAAGCCUGUUGUUUCCUGUAAAUGUUCCCUCUGUUACUUUUGGUAUGAAGUUUUGUGCAGUAAGUAGAGAUGUGUGUCUGUAAACAGCUUCAAACCGUGACUGUGUUGGAGGAAAAUAUCUGACUUUUAUGUUGGUAUGUGUGUGCAGUGGGUUUUUUUUGUCUUCCACUUGAUGUUUCACUUUGAGCUUAAAUGAUCAAUUGCAUGUACAACAAUCAGUGAAAAAAAGGCUUGCUAUAGCUCAGGACAAUGAAUUAAAACAGAUAUGAUCACUAA